AUGUCCAUGUCCAGUCGCAGAAUGACAGACUUCAACCCCAUGUCUUCCGUCGACAUCUCCGUCAUUGAAGACAAGAUGAGAAUGGCCUCCCUCGACCAGCACCGUGGCUACUCCCAGAACACCUUUGGCGAGGUUCAGCAAUACCGCAACACGGAAUACGUGCCCAAGACCCAGGCCACCGCUUUCCAGAUCCUGCGCGAGCCCCUCUGGAACAAAGGUCUCUCCUUCACGCCCGAAGAGCGCGUCACCAGAAACCUCACCGGCCUCAUCCCUCACACCAUGGAGAGCCUCCAGACGCAAUGCCAGCGGGCCAUGAAGAUGAUCAACACCCGUCAGACCGACGUCGACAAGUACCUCUACCUGUCCUCGCUCAAGGCCCAAAACUUUGACCUCUUCUACCGCCUGCUCAUCGACAACGUCCGCGAGCUCAUGCCCUUGGUCUACACCCCCACCAUUGGCGAUGUCUGCCUGCAAUACUCUACCCUCUACACCCGCCCCGAGGCUCUGUACAUUUCGAUCAAGCAGCGAAAGUCCAUCCGCACCAUGCUCCGCAACUGGCCCUACCCCAACCCCCAGAUCUGCGUCGUUACCGACGGUUCCCGCAUUCUGGGUCUUGGUGACCUCGGUGUCAACGGUGUUGGUAUCUCUAUUGGCAAGCUCGCUCUGUACACUGGUGCCGCCGGUAUCCACCCCGAAAACACCCUGCCCAUUGUCCUCGACACCGGCACCAACAACGAGACCAACCUCAAGGACCCCUUCUAUCUGGGCAUCCGCUCCAAGCGUGUGUCCGUCGCCGAGCAGCAGGCGUUCAUGGACGAGUUCAUGGAGGCCGUCACCGAGGUCUACCCCGAGAUGACUGUCCAGUUCGAAGACUUUGAGUCCGAAAAGGCCUUCAACUACCUCGACCGCUACCGCGAGAAGUACCGCUGCUUCAACGACGAUAUCCAGGGAACUGGUGCCGUCGUUCUCGCUGGCUACAUCAACGCCGUCGAGCUCUCUGGCGUCCCUCUCGAGGAGCAGCGCCUGGUCUUCAUGGGCGCCGGUUCCGCCGGUGUCGGUGUCGCCAAGCAGCUCGUCGAGUACUACACCAAGCGUGGUCUCAGCGAGCAGGUCGCCAGGGACAAGUUCUGGCUGGUCGACACUAAGGGUCUCGUCACCAAGGACCGCGGUGACAAGCUCGCCGAGCACAAGAAGUACUUUGCCCGCACCGACAACAACGGCCACCAGUUCCGCACCCUCGAGGAGGUGAUUGAGUACGUUAAGCCUACCGCUCUGGUCGGUCUCACCGCCACCUUUGGUGUCUUCACCGAGUCCGUCGUCCGCGCCCUCAAGGCCUCUGUCGACUCUGGCGGUCUUGGCCGCCGCCCCGUCCUCUUCCCCCUCAGCAACCCCCUCACCAAGGCCGAGUGCACUUUCGAGCAGGCCGUCCAGUGGACCGACGGCACCGUCAUCUUCGCCUCCGGCUCCCCCUUCUCCCCCUUCACCAUGAAGAGCCCCGACGGCCAGGCUAUCACCUACCACCCCAACCAGGGCAACAACGUCUACGUCUUCCCCGGUCUCGGUCUCGGUGCCAUCCUCGCCAAGGCCUCCAAGGUCACCGACGACAUGGUCUACACCUCGGCUGCCGCUCUCGCCGCGUCCCUCAACGUUGACGAGAUCCACAAGGGUCUCAUCUACCCCCGCAUCGAGCGUGUACGUGACGCCAGCGUCAUUGUCGCCCGCGAGGUCAUGAAGUCUGCCCGCAGAGCCGGCGUCUCCAAGCUUCCUGAGUCCCAGUGGGUCGAGUGGGAGGAGUGGGGUGACGUUGCCCUGGACGCCUGGAUCAAGGAGCGCGUCUACGACCCCGUCAGCUUCUCCGAGAAGAGCCGAAUCUAA